AUGAGCAGUUUGAGAAGGCUUUGCAAUAUUGUCAUCGUUUGGUUUGUUUUGAAAGUCGUUGAGAGGAUUGUUUGCAUGCCGGAUGUUCGUGCCACAUGCCGAACGGUGCCAGGACUGACGCGCGAACAGCUGGAACUGUGUUACCGAGCAAGCGAUGUUACGGCCGCUGCCAUCGAAGGACUCGAACUGGGCGUUCGCGAGUGUCAGCAUCAGUUUCAGUGGCACCGGUGGAACUGCUCGUCGUUGAGCACAAAAAGUCGAAACCCGCACACGUCCAGUAUGUUAAAAAGAGGCUACCGUGAGAGUGCAUUUGCGUACGCGAUCGCUGCGGCCGGAGUGACACACAGCGUGGCACGGGCUUGUGCCCAGGGCCGGUUGAUUUCCUGCGGUUGCGAUCCGGCGGUUAAUCGGAAGGGGAUGACCAAGUCACUGCGCGAGAGUCUGGAGAAGGAGAAGUUGCGGUUUCUGGAUGCAAUCAACGUGAACAGUAUCCUGGUGGAUGACAGCUUGAAGAAGUUCAAGAACAAACAAGCCAGCCGAUGGAAGUGGGGCGGCUGCUCGCACAACAUGGCCUUCGGGGUGGAAUUUUCCGAGCUAUUUUUGGACACUCGAGAGAAAGGAGGUGACAUUCAGUCGCAAAUUAACCUCCACAAUAAUAACGCUGGACGAAGGGCCGUAUCAAACAAUAUGCAGGUUCGCUGCAAGUGUCACGGAAUGUCCGGUAGCUGCCAGCUGAAGACGUGCUGGAAAUCGGCUCCCGACUUUCGUGUGGUCGGAAAGGUUCUCAAACAGCAGUACCGGCGGGCCAUUCUGGUAGAUCAAUCUAACUUUGGCAACGGUCCUCCGAUGAUCGUUUACCACAAACCAAAGAAACGAAAACAUGCCCUCAACAUUCGGCCGCCCCGACGUACCAAGGACAAGUCCCAUCAGCUGGUUCCGAUCAACCGAGCCAAUCGCCGGAUGGAGAAUGCCUUGUUCUACUACCAAAGAUCGCCAAAUUUCUGUGAACGGGAUCACAUUUCGGAUAUUCCUGGAACUGUUGGCCGUCGGUGCAACCGAACUAGUAACGGAGGCGAUGGUUGCGGAUCGAUGUGCUGUGGUCGAGGCUACAAUCUAAUCCGGGAGAAGCGGGUGGACCGCUGCAACUGCAAAUUCCACUGGUGUUGCUAUGUAGAGUGCGAUGAUUGUGAAAUCGAAGAGUGGAUUAGUGUUUGCAAUUGA